AUUACCUUAUACCUUUCAGUUUGAACCUGUUUUGCCCUUGGAGUGUUUUUCUCCCAAUCCUUAUCUCAACUCAUGAGCCCUUGGUUAAUUUUUUGCCCUCUUCUCUGCCCAACUAUAACAGAAGUGGGUGAGCAAAUGACUUUUGUGGGUGCCUGACGUUUGGUCAAUAUUAAACCACAUCAGGCAGCCACAGCUUCUCUGGGCAACCUGUGCCAGGGCCUCACCACCCUCACAGGUGAGAAUUUCUUCCUAAUAUCCAAUCUAAACCUUCUCUCUAUCAGUGGGAAGCCGUUCUCCCUUGUCCUGUCACCUAAGAUCUUUUCCAAAAUCAGCUCUCCAGCUCUUUUAGCACUCUUAGAGCUCUUUUAGAGUCCCUUUAGGCACUGGAAACUUUAAGGUCUCCUCAGAGCCUUCUCUUGUCCAGGCAGAAUACCACCAGCUCUCCCAGCCUGUCUCCAGAACAGAGGGGCUGCAACCCUUAGAGCCUCUGCGUGGCUUCCUCUGGACUCCCUCCUCCGUGUCCUGAUUCUGGGGGUCCCAGAGCUGGACACAGCAUUCCAGGUAGAGCUUCACAAGAGCAGAGCAAGUGGAGAGAAUCUCCUCCUUUGACCUAUUGAUCAUACCUCUUUUGAUGUAGACCAGGAUACAGCUGGCUGACUGGACUGCAAGUGCAGAUAAAUAUCUAGAGGUGUGAGGACUUCCCGGACUAUUAUGAGCUGCAUUUGCUGAUGAGUUCUUUUUGCUAAUAAAUAUUCUAGAUUUUGUUGUUUCUAAACUUCUCCUCUGUGUCUGCAGCUGGCAGUAUUACCAAAGGCAGUUUCAGUGCUGAAUCCAGUGAGGGUUCAAGUAUUGCCAGAAUACCAGCUGUUGUUUGGGAUUUUGCCACAUUCUUCUGCAUGCUGAUUUCUUCCUCAGAACAGCAAAGCUUCAUGAAAGAGUGUGCUGCCUUGACUGUCUUGUGCAUUUACCCAUAAUAGUAUGAUGACCUCAGCCAUCAUCAAGAGGUGAGGCUGUAAUAUCUUGCAGUACCGUCUUCAGGUAAACUCUUAAAUAAGGUAAGCUAAGUAUGUCCUUCAGGAACAGCAAGUCCAGUUGCAAUGGAGUGAUUACUCCAUUUUACAUGGAUAUGAGUGGACUAUCUUUCUCAUCUAGGACCAAGCUGAAUGUAAUUUAUCUGCACAAUUGAUGAGCAAAAUCGAUACAUUUUUGUUUAAAUGCUGGUGUUUCCAGUUAGUCAGUACUAGCCAAUGCUGGCUUUGAACAUUCAGCUGUUGACUUUACAGAGAAUUGCUGCACACUGUCAAACUGAAUCCUUCUUCAGCAUUCCCUGCUGAGAUGACCAACCAUCAUUCAUCCCAUAAUUAGCUUCUAGAGGUUAUUUUCAAUUCUAUGCUGAUGUGAGUAAAGUGUGUAAAUUUGCACCUGUUGAUUUCUGACAAUAGUGAAGCUUUUCCAGUAAUAUUUCUAACUUCAGCUUUCAUCUUGUUUUCCACACAGUUACACAAGGGUCUUUGGCAGCAUCAUAUCUCAAAGGCUUCAGCUUUCUUUUUCUCAGCAGAAUUAGCUUUUCACAGUUUCUGCCUGAAGUUUGCUGUGGAAGUGAUGGAGUUUUUCACUAGUCAGCUUCUCUAUAUCUCAGCUGAGCCAAGGGAAUCUAGGAAUGUGUUUAUACAGAUCUGGGUUAGAUAAACUCUUUCCAUUUGGAAUUUAAAGAUGAAAUAUACCUUCACAUACAUUUUGAAGGAGACCCCCUUUUCAAGCACAAAACAAUAAAGAUAUUCUGUAAAAUAAUUUUGUCAUUUUCCUCCAUUUUUCUCCAUUUGUUCUAAUGACAGUGAUAGCACUCAAUCAAAGAAGUCAUGUAGAUAGUACAUGUGCGUGAUAGGGAUUAAACUUUUAUUUUCAUGCAACAGAAAGGAAAUCUUCAGGUUGAAAAAAUUAAUUUCUUGUAAUAUUUCAAGAUGUAUCUAUUAAAUUGCUCGUCAGUAGUUUGAAAAUAAAAAGCUAUCUGAAAUCACACUGGGAAAUCCUCUGAGUUCUCUGAAAUCUCUGAUUGAAUCAGCUUCAUUUAUCACUGCCAUCACUGGCUGAUCUAUAAAUACAUCUGCUUUUACAGCCUACACAUUCUGAAAUUUACUUGUUAUCUCCUCAGAAGAGAAGGGCUAGUGGCUGCUCUUAAACAAUCCUGGUUUAGCCAAAGCCAACACGAAGGUAAGACUGAAAGACCAAGCCCAUCAGUUGUUGUUAGCUUUGAUAGUCACUGCUAUCAUUUGCGAGUGUGCCUGUAGCCAGUCCAAGUUGGCAGCGUCAGCCCAAGCUGAUUGGAGCUGCAGACAUUUUUGCUGACUGGAGUCAUGCUAUCUUUGCCAGUUUGCUGGAAUAGACACAGACACUGAUUGGGUCAUGCUGAAAACAUUCCUGUCCUAUGAAGCAAGUCUGUUUGUAUUUCAGGUUUGCCAGGACUAAUGAAUUAAAAAUCUUGGGCUCACAACAUUUUGCUGCUUAAUAAUGCCUGUGACAGAAGGAUUUUUUACACUCCCUGAAGUGUGACAGCAUCAUAAUCCCUCAUCCUGGGCAAGGCAAGGAAGGAAAAGCAGAAUUGUUGAGAAACGUGGAAAAGGGUUAUCUUUUGAGACAGCAAAGCCUAUGGGAAGUGCAGGUAGCAGCUUGUUGCCCUGACAGCUGUCUCAGCUUCUCAGACCUUGUCAGUUUGUUGCUAUGCAGCAGGUGCAGCCUUUUCUUUUAUUGAAGCUUUACUCCAUAAAGGCAACGACAAGCCAAGGCAGUGGCUGGCCCUGGAUUAUACAAGUGCAGACACUCCGCUAAGUGAGGAUUUCAUCACAGUAAAAUCACUUUUUGGAAUUGAUGGUCUCAGAAGAAAGACGGAAGACUGAGUAAAGUCCCAACCCAGGAGCCAAAUCCAUGCAGACAGACCCCUACACCUGCACAGGCUUCCACUGAAGAAUCACCACCAAGCUGGAACAAACAAGUAAAAGCAUUGACUCAAGUGCCCACAUGAUCACCACUGCCAGGGUACCUGCUGAUAAGCCAGUACGAAUUGCCUUCAGCCUUAAUGAUUCCCCAGAUGAUGCUUCCCCUGAAAACUUCUCUUUGGCAUUUCCAGAACUAGAUCAGCAGCUGCAGCCUCUGCCUCCCUGCCAUGACUCUAAGGAAUCUAUGCAGGUGUAUAAACAGCACUGCAAAAUAGCGGAAGAGUACCAUGAGGUCAAGAAAGAAAUUGCUCUGCUGGAAGAAAGAAAAAAGGAGCUGAUUGCCAGACUGGAACAAGUGGAAAAGGAAAGCAUGGAUGCUGCUCAGCUGGCUAAGGAGUAUGCAGAACUGACAGAGGAGAACCGAACACUGAAGCUGGCCCAGACGCAGUGCGUGGAGCAACUGGAAAAGCUCAGGAUACAGUACCAAAAAAGACAGGGUUCCUCAUAACUCCCAACUAGCUCAUGUGAGGCAGUUCAUACAGGAUUGGUCCUGUGCUGGAAAGAGAUUUUAAAAUAAAGAUCUGUUUAAUAUGUUACAACACUUUACUACAGAUACAGAGUAUGUAGAAGUCUAUAUUUGAUUUAAUGCUUGCCACCCAGUAGCUUAUUAUAAUGGAUAUUUCAUCCAUUAUAUAAUAGAUGUUUUAUUUCAAGUAAUGUAAUUGAAGUUAAUCUAUCCCCAUUAUAUGUUCUAGUGGAUCAUGUUUCUUUUCUAAACAUAUUUCUUCCAAUUUAAGAAGAUAUGGACACACUAGAAAAUUAUAUAAAUAGUCUCUGUGUUGGAAAUUUGGAUCAUACUAAGGCAUAUGGCAGGGAUGAUGUUAAUAUAUGGAAUAGAUGUAUGUUAAUUUUAGUCCAGUGAAUUCUUUUUAAAUUAUUUUCCUCAUGCCUAAAGUGUUUGGAAGUUAUCUUGAAGCAGAUCUCCUCACUAGUAAAAACUAUACUUCAUGUCAACGUCACACUGUUGUAUAAAAUCUGAAAAACUGCACAUUAAAAACUGAAAUUACAAAAUAUUUUUUUAUCAAAAAAGUGCACUGCCAGUGAUAAUUUGCAAGUUAUAAAAUUAAAGGGAAACAGAAGAGAUCAGAUUUUUCUUCCUCAAGUGUAAAGAUUACUUGAGUGUCUUUUAAGUGUACUUUUUGGCAUGCAAGAAAUGAAAAAUUAAUAUAAGAAUCAUAGUUCCAUCAUAGUUUCAACUGAGAUUAUGUCAGUGAAAUUAUUGUGAGGAUCUUUUGUUCUUAUUUUCUGGUCUAUUUUGAAACAUAAAAGGCUGUAAGUAGGGACAGGAGUUCUGUGAUACACAAAUAACUGGGAAGUAAAAUGUCAGUUUCACUUGCUCUAUUUAUCCCUGUAUUUUCUUAGAUCAACUUAAAAAUCCUCAUUAUACUUCCAUUUCUAUUCAUACAGCAAUUUUUUCAUUAAAAGUGGAUGUAGAAAAGCCCUUUUAUAUUCUGAAUGUUCUCAAAUCACCUUGUAUUUUAAACUCUGCUUGACAGAUGCAGCUUGUUACAUCUUCAUGAGCUUGGAAUUCAACUUAAUGUGUUAUUAGUACUGAAAUGUGUCUUAGUAAUUGAAAUUAUGAACUUAAGAUUUGCACCAGGACUUUAGCUUUGAUUAUUAUCAUUAAUCUAUCAAGAAAAUGGGAUUUCAUGUUAAUCAGAACAAUUCCUGGCAGCAAAGGGGACAAAAAAAAAUAAUUGCAAGCCGCCUGUAAUUUUGCUGUGCUAAUUGCCUACAGUAUUCCCUGCAGCACAGGUGGGAAAACUGGCUCUGCGUUCCUCCAGGCACCUGGCACUGCAGCAGGACAGCAUGAAGAGGUAGUAGGAGAGGACAACCUUGUUUCCACUUCUCUUCCUGAGCCACCAGGGCAGCGUCAGCAUCCAAACUUGGCACUCUUCCUGCUGUACUUGAGAAAUCACCACUCUUGAGGCAUGUGCUUCCUGCUGGGAUGCUCCCUGAGCAGUGUAACACUCUAUUAUCCUUCUUUUCUUAUUAUCCAAGGAUCCAGUUUGCACUGUACCUUGUGGGAGUUGAAGAGGGAAAAACCCCAUAGUUAAUAAAAACCACUUGGAAUAUCGGGCCUGGAAAUGCUGGAAAAGCCUUGUUUGAGUUUUGAACUGAUGGGAAACAACUUGAAGAGAAAUCAGAGCUUUACUCCAAGCACAGACCACCACAGAACCUAGAAUGUACUUUUUUUUUGCUUGUGUUUAUGCGUUUUGAACAAGACAAUUCUCAUUUUAAAACAGUUUGUCAUUUUGGUCAAAGGUUUUUCCAUCUAGCCUUGUAAACAUCAUCCAAUCAGGAAAUUUCAGUGAAUUAAUUGAAAACCAUAUAAAGUACAUAAAAUUAGUUUGUUGACAGACUGGCUUUGGAUGCAAAUGGAUCAGACAGCAGACCUUUAUUUACAAAUAACUGUGUUCACCUUGAAAAUUUCCAUAUAAGUGCAGUCUCUAUGCUUUAGAUAUCAGAAAAAUUACAGACCAUACGCUGGGAGAAAAACCUGAGGGAGGGCCACAGUCAGGUAGAGAAGGAAAGCUGGGUUUCAUUUUUGACAAUCAGCACUUUGAGAAUAGUUAGGGAGUAUGUUUUUCCUAACCUGUAGGCACUGACCAGUAUAGAAGAAUUCAAGAAAUAUUUUACAGAUGUGCAGACACCAAAUUUUUGGUGUGGUCCAGCCUACCAGCCUGGAUAAAUAUGAAAUUCUUAAACCAUCCCAAACUAAUUUAAGUCAAAGAUUUAUAUUCAACUUGGACUGUAGCUAUGUGCAAUCAAAUUUCCCUCCUGCUUUUAGUUAUGGUGAAAGUAAAAGUAACAGUCUUGUAUGAACAAGUUUGCCUGCAUGCAUGUUCAUGUGCCUGAGAGAAGGGACUCAGAGAAAUUGUAUUGCAAUACAAUUAAGUAAAACUGAUAUAGAAAUACCAAGGAAGAAAAAUUAAAGUAUCUCUUGAAAACUAUUUUUAAGAGAAAAAAUGUUUGGGGAAGUGGGAUGCAAAGGCAGGAAGGUAGAGAAGUGGAAUUUUCAAAAAAUAUUCAUAGACAAGUUAAAUUAAAAUGUAGCAUAGUCAACAUAAUGCAGAAAAUCAUCCAGGUGUUGAAAAGAGCAAAGGUAGCUGGAACAACCUUCUGAGAGAUGACUGCUGUAUCUAUCAUCCAUCUCUUGAUUUGUUUAUCAAGAGCAUAAUAAUGAGAAAUAUUUUCACAUUCAGUAACUCUCCAAUUUUGACAUGCUGAGUUUUUCUCUAGACACUGGAGCUCUGCUGAUUAAAUAGCUGAAAUUAAGCUUUUUAGCUUAAUUUCAAGCAUUCAAAGCAUUUAUCAUAGGGAUCCUGUAUUUUUCCACAUAGAUAAUAUGAUUUGUGUCCUGGUUGAAGUGGUCUGUAUGUUGGGUCCUGUUGUAUGUAUCACACUAUAAAAACAAGUUUUAUACAAUUAUUUCAAAGAUGGUUUUAUAUUGUAUUUAACCCAAGAAUUUAGAAGCCAGUUUUUGAAAUCAAGUACCAAUGAAAGGUUCACUUUUAUAGCAUGUGAUUACAACCUGUGAGAGCUGCAGCUGUAUUACAAAGUGUAUUUCUUGCUGUUAUCCAGGUUAUUCAGCUUAGCAAAAGUAAGCAUGCCACCACCAUGGUAAAUGCAUUUGCUUCAAACCACUUAAGGAGCAGUGAAGUACAUGGGUUUAAAAUAAAAACAAGACCUGUGCUUUCCAUUCUC